AUGGACGUCGAACCGCGGAGUCGUCCUGCUGACAGGGGAGAAUUGGGGACAGGACAGCAGCAGGAGGACGCCCGACGCGACGUGCCCAGUCGCCGAGAGAGAAGAUACGUCGAGGCGGGGGAGAGGGCGACGGAGACGACGACCAGUCGACCCCGACGCGGCCGCCGCUCGGCGCUCGCCUACGUCGUCGUCAAUUCGCGAGGUGAAGAUAUGGGAUUUCAGGAUGUAUGUCAUGGCACUUUGAGGAUGUCUGCUCACCCCUGCACAGCUGCGCUUCAGCCUUUCAUCCAGAUUAAAGCAAGUGCAAUUUAUGACCUCCAAAGAAAUAGAAGUAAUCUUGAAUCGUUAUUCUGCUAUGACAAAUCUGUCCCAGAGGAGAAUAUUGGAAAACCAUCCGGUCUAAAUUUGGAAAAGAAGAAUGUUGGGGACAACCCUCCCUGCUCAAGCUGUGAAGCUAAAGGUGCUGUGCUGUGUGCAACAUGCGCUGGUUCAGGCUUGUAUGUCGACUCAAUACUAGAGAGCCAAGGAAUCAUUGUGAAAGUCAGAUGCCUAGGUUGUGGAGGAACUGGGAACAUCAUGUGCUCCAAAUGUGGAGGCCGUGGGCAUACAUGA